AUGCAUCAGCAGUAAAACAAAGACUAAGGAUAACGUGGGCCCCCUGCUUAAUGAGAUGGGUGCCCUGGUGGCGGAGAAUGCAGAGAAGGCGGAGUUACUGAAUGACUUCAUUGCUUCAGUCUUUGCUGCCAGGGCCAGCCCUCAGGAAUCCCAAACCCUGGAGGAAAGAGUCUGGAGAAAGGAAGACCAUUCCUUGAUCGAGAUUUGAUUACAGAUCGUUUAGGCAGACUGGACACCCACGAAUCCAUGGGCUUCGAGAGGAUGCACUUUUGAGUGCCGAGAGAGAGCUGGCAGAUGUUAUUGCUAAUGAUACUGUUGAAUGUGGUAAUAUCUGAGAUAGAAUUUUCCACUCAGAGAACUGCCUUAGGUAUUUUGGUGUCAGAGGCAAAGUGCUGGAAACAGGAAUUCUCAAAGGAUGGAAAGCAAAAACCUCUUCCUAAGCCUGUUGCUCUGUUGCAGUUUGCUCAGAGCUGCCAAUUCUCACAUGGUAAUUGAAGAGAAGAGAGAAUGCAACCUGUCAAGGAGCAACAAAAUGAAUCUCCAAGAUCUCCCAUCCCUCUCCAUAGUGGAUUUAAGGAGAACAUCCCAGAAAGUCAGCAGGAAAGAGGCAGAGAACAAGAAAUCUUCCAAGAAAAACGCAAAACUGAAGACCCUUCCAAAGCCAAGACCCACCCCAGCUGCUGACUGCGUGCCAAACUUCAAAACCUGCAAACCACACUUGAAUUCAUGUUGUAACUACUGUGCUUUAUGCAAAUGCCGAAUUUUUCAGACCAUCUGCCAAUGUCUAAUGCUAAACCCAAAGUGCUAAGGCAAAGUGGGAACACAAUAAGGCUUCUGUCUUUCAAUAGCUUCUCAAGUGUGCAUUUCCAACUGCCUCGUGUGUAUAGCAACCAAAGUAGAGAGCUUUGAAGCUAGCAGCUUGGACUUGUCUCUCUUAAUAUUAAAAAAAGGAUAAUUUUGUGUUUUUUCAUGGGGUUAACGCUAUCAUAAGCAGAAUGUUUCUUCACAGAGCAGACAACCAAGGAGGUUAACAUGGAGCAAGUAUUUUUAGCAAAAUUGACCUGCGUUUUAGGAAGGAUUUUAGGAUCUUAUUGGUUGGGGGGUUUCUUGUUUGUUUGAGGUUAGGGGGAAUUUGUUGAAGGGUCAUAUUAACCACAGAAUCACAGAAUCAUUAAGGUUGGAAAAGAUCUCUCAGCUCACCUGUCCAGCUGUCAGCCCAACCCUACUAAACCAUGUCCCCAAGUGCCGUGCCCACAGUUUUUGAAGCCCUCCAGGAAUGGAGACUCCACCACUGCCCUGGGCAGCCUCUGCCAGUGCUUCACCACUCUUCUAGUAAAGAAAUUUUUCCUAAUAUCCAACCUAAACCUCCCCUGGCACAACUUGAGGCCGUUCCUUCUUGUUCUAUCGCUUGUUACUUGGGAGAAGAGCCCAACACCAGACUGCAGCAUGGUCUAACCUGCACCAAUGGCACAAAAACUGCCGCACUAAACCAGAACUGGUUGAUCCAGUGAGGGGUCAAAACUUGGGUUUGCCCACAAAGACAGCACAGCACCAGCUUCCAGCACAGCCAAAAUAUUAUGCUAAAAAUGCAGGUUUCAGGGUUAACUCCCAUUUCACACCUCCAGCACAAUUCAGGAUGAGAAUUUCUAUAGGUUACUCUACCUGAAAAGACAGACUCAAAACAGUAAGGCAGCUUUUUUAAUCACUUUCAGCUGAGCAUCAGUCCAUCCACCUCAAGGGUUAUCAGUCCUUCUGGCAGUAAACAGCAUCUCCAAGGUGUACAAUACAUAUCUAUGUUCAAACUCUAAUUGUAUCUGUGCCCCAUGACUUAAAUAAAAAAAUGACAUUUUUUUCCCAGCUGUAUCCAUAGGAAUAGAGCCCUCAGCCCUUCUUCUCCUGCUACCAAGCACACCGUGCUUGUAGGGCCUAAAAGCAGGAACACACAUCCAGGACCCCAAGGAAGAAACGAAAAUCAUCAAAAUAUGAAUGCGUAUCGCACACGUACACCUCAAAGAAAAU